AUGCAAUUCUUUGUAUUCUUGGCCUCUGCAGCUCUCGCAAGCCCCCUAGUCCGCCCUUCGUUCCAACUGUUCCAACCAAAGGUGGCCGCCACUAACAAUGGGCCCUUGCCGGUGCCCAAGUGGCUCUCUGACUUCACUGGAAUCAAGGAAUGGCCAGGCUUGGACCCUCCCUACAUCCCCAUGGACUUUAUCAAGUUCGAUGACUUGCCUCCCCAGCUGGACUCGUGGAAACGUAAUCUUGGCGAGUGCCCUCGCCACGUUAACACCAGAGAAGUGUGCUCUUUUGACUGUGGGAACUGCGCUGCUCACGACGAUGUUUACUCGUGCCCAAAGCUCAGUCAAACGUUUGACGAUGGCCCAACCCAUUUUACUCCUGUGUUGACCAGCAGCCUUAGAAGUAAAGCCACUUUCUUCACCAUUGGCUUGAACGUCGUCAAGUUCCCCAAAAUUUACAGAGACACCGCCGACAAGGGCCACAUCAUGGCGUCCCACACCUGGUCGCAUCCAUUCUUGCCUUCUCUUAGUAAUGAACAGAUCGUCGCCCAGCUCCAGUGGUCGAUUUGGGCCAUGAAUGCCACCUACGGCCACUUGCCCAAGUGGUUCCGGCCACCUUACGGUGGCAUCGACAACAGAGUUCGUGCAAUAGUACGCCAGUUUGGCAUGCAGCUGGUGCUUUGGGACUACGACACGAGAGACUGGCUGUUGGUUGCAGAUGCUCUGAAGCACGACAGCGAAGUGAUCAAUGGCGUGUUGCAGUACAAGCGCAGCAAUGGCGGCAGAGGCUUGAUUUUGGAGCACGACUCCACCAGGCGGACUGUUGAUGUUGGUGUAAAGCUUCAGAAGGCCAUGGGGCCUGACCAGCUUACCGUGCCGCAGUGUGUUGGAGGCAUCAACUACAUCAAGUCCUUUGGGAAGCCAAAUAUCUAA